AUGAGAAUCUCAGAGAAGCAGAAGUGGUAUCACCACACCGAGGGGUCCCCUCUUGCGCAGGUCCCCCAGAAGCUGGCUGCGAAUAAUCUGCCUGACUGCUCCAUCUACAAGCAAGCAAAUGAACAGAUGCCCUUAUACGGCCAGACUUCCUAUAAACCUGACAGCGCAGUGUAUGCAUUGCGUAUGGGUCCUGGCGCUGAGUCACAUUCCUCCGCAUCCGAACCAUUAUCUCAAGUGACAAAUGAUCGAAUUCCUCCAUCUCCAAUAUGGAACUUGGAGUUCACAGCUGGAGUGUGCCAGCUUUUUCAGACGGGAGGAAUGCUGAGUGUCAAGGGGUCAGGAUCAAUCCGGUGUGAGUUGAUGAGGCAGGAAGGUGGGGAGGAAUGCGAGGAAUGUCCCUGUUUGUGUAGGACUCCAUUCAGCUCAUUGGCGAGCCGGGGCCGCCCGGAGCGUAUAAAAGCGGCCGGCCGCCCGCCUCGGCCUCACACAACAACUCUUCCCGCUGAGAGGAGGCAGCCAGCGCAACUCCAACCCCGGCGACCGACCGCCUCCGCACGACGGCAGCCGCCCCGGCCGACAGCUCCCACACCUCCGCCCGGCCCGUGCCAGUGUGCGGCCGCGCCGGCGCCGCGCUGCCCCGCCGGCGUCAGCCUCGUGCUGGACGGCUGCGGCUGCUGCCGCGUGUGCGCCAAGCAGCUGGGCGAGCUGUGCACCGAGCGCGACCCCUGCGACCCGCACAAGGGGCUCUUCUGCGACUUCGGCUCUCCGGCCAACCGCAAGAUCGGCGUGUGCACCGCCAAAGAUGGUGCCCCCUGCGUCUUCGGAGGCACCGUGUACCGGAGCGGCGAGUCCUUCCAGAGCAGCUGCAAAUACCAGUGCACUUGCCUGGACGGGGCGGUGGGCUGCGUGCCCCUGUGCAGCAUGGACGUCCGCCUGCCCAGCCCUGACUGCCCCUUCCCGCGGAGGGUCAAGUUGCCUGGGAAAUGCUGCGAGGAGUGGGUGUGCGACGAGCCCAAGGACCACACCGUGGUUGGCCCUGCCCUCGCUGCUUACCGACUGGAAGACACAUUUGGCCCAGACCCAACUAUGAUUCAGGCCAACUGCCUGGUCCAGACCACAGAGUGGAGCGCCUGUUCCAAGACCUGUGGGAUGGGCAUCUCCACCCGGGUGACCAAUGACAACGCCUUCUGCAGGCUGGAGAAGCAGAGCCGCCUGUGCAUGGUCAGGCCUUGCGAAGCCGACCUGGAAGAGAACAUCAAGAAGGGCAAAAAGUGCAUCCUUACCUCCAAAAUCUCCAAGCCUGUCAAGUUUGAGCUUUCUGGCUGUACCAGCUUGAAGACCUACCGGGCUAAGUUCUGUGGGUUGUGCACAGACGGCCGGUGCUGCACCCCACACAGAACCAAGACUCUGCCUGUGGAGUUCAAGUGCCCCGACGGGGAGCUCAUGAAGAAGAGCAUGAUGUUCAUCAAGACCUGUGCCUGCCAUUACAACUGUCCUGGAGACAACGACAUCUUCGAGUCCCUGUACUACAGGAAGAUGUAUGGAGACAUGGCCUAAAGCCAGAGAGCGUGAGAGACAUGAACUCCUGAGGCUAUAACUUGAACUGAUUCACAUCUCAUUUUUGUAUAAACAUGAUUGCAGUAGUACAAGUUAUUUAAAUCAGUUUUUCUAACCGGGGCAAAGAAACAGUCCCACCAAAUCCCAAAUAUCGUGCCAUGUGACAUUCAAACAAAAUAGUCUUUACCAACUCAGACACUGGUUUGAAGAACGUUAAGACUUGACCGGGGAGGGGGCGGGGGACUACCUUAGCACAGAGCACCGGAAUGUAGACUAAGGUGGGGCUUGAACAGUGAGAAGGCACCUGUAGAAAUGAUUGUCACCUUAAAGUAGUUUGGGCCUGCUCUUUGGAGUGUGAUUGAGAAGGAAAAUUUUAGCACACUCACUGGCCUGUCUGUAAUUCCAGCAACAGCCAGGAUGUGCAUCCUUCAGCCUUUCCGAGGCUGGGUCAAGUUCUUCUUUAAGUCAGAACAGCAGAUUCAGCUCUGACAUUCUGAUUUGAAUGACACUGUUCAGGAAUCAGAAUCCUGUCUCUUAGACUGGACAGCUUGGGGCAAGCUACUUUGCCUGUGACAAGCCAGAUUUUUUUUUUUUUUGGAUACUGUAAAUAUUGUGUGUGUGUAUAUAUAUAUAUUUGUACAGUUAUCUAAGUUAAUUUAAAGUUGUCUGUGCCUUUUUGUUUAUGUUUUGAUGCUUUGAUAUUUCAAAUGUUAGCCUCAAUUCUGAACACCCUAGGUAGAACGGAAAGCUUGUCUGAUCAUUCAAAGCAUGAAAUGGAUAUUCAAAUGGAAAUUCUGCUCAGACGGAUUAGUCCCAUCAAAACAGAUUGUUUACUGAAUAUGAGGCAGUGAUGUGCUUGGAAGUCUGAUUUGUCAGUUGGAAAUACGGUAGCCUCAUUUUAACAAAUAAAUGGGCUUUAUUACUGAAUCAGUGGCUCUGUAUAGCUGAUCAGUUUUUCCACACGGAAGGAAGCAUUUGUUUCUACUUUGACUACGACUGUUUUUUGGACAGUUUAUUUGUUGAGAAUGUGACCAAAAGUUACAUGUUUGCACCUUUCUAGUUGAAAAUAAAGUAUAUAUUUUUUCUAUAAAA